AUGGAAACUGACCCAGCUCCUCAGCGGGGAUCUGUCCUACAGCUCCUGAAGGACCUGCUCAUCCUAUCCAGAUUUCACAAGUACAACCCAUGGCUUGCUACAUUCUCAGGAGUUUGGGCAACGUUGCUUGCCGGCGCCAAUAAAAUAGCCGCUAAUCCGACCUCGAGCUCGCCCAAUCACAUCCUACAACAAGCUCUUCUAUGCUUCGUCUGCGCCUACAUCUUCUGCGGUGCAGGCAUGGUCUGGAAUGACUGGGUUGACCGCAAAGUCGACGCAAACGUAGAGCGCACCAAGAAUCGGCCCGUGGCAGCGGGAAGAGUUACUGCAACCCAGGCCUUUAUCUGGAUGAUGGUCCAGUAUGCUGCCUCGUGGUGGCUGAUGGAUAUUAUGCUGGAGGGUCACGACGUCGCAGCUGCUAUGCUCCCAGUCACCGUCAGCACGAUUCUCUAUCCCUACGGAAAGCGCCAAUUCUUCCGACGACUAUACAUCUAUCCCCAAUACUUUCUCGGCUUUACACUGGCUUGGCCCAGCGCCAUCGGAUGGAUGGCAAUCAAAGGCCGAGAGAUCCCAGUCACCCAAAGCAUCGCCGAGUCCCUUCCCCUGGCAAUCACCGUCUUCGCAUGGGUCAUAUACCUCAACACAGCAUAUAGCUACCAGGAUAUCGUCGACGACUCGAAGAUGGACGUGAACUCGGUGUACGUCCUCGCAGGUUCACGCAUCCACUCGUUCCUGAUCGUCCUCGCGAGCCUCGUGCUCUGCUCUGUCUAUCUACAGCUGCGGACGCAGAAUUCCGUGUGGCUGUGGGCUUCGUGGAUGUGUGUCUGGACUCUCUCGUUUGUGCAUCAGCUGCUGAGAUUCGAUGCGAACAAGCCGGAGAGUGGAGGCCCGCUUCACAAGGAGAACUUUGCGCUUGGGCUGUGGACCAUCGUUGCCUGCGUUGUCGAGUUGGGGCUCACGUCGGUAAACUUGAAUGAUUUCUUGUCCCACUCGGUCUUCCGCCUCAAGUGA